AUGCUUGUUAAAGAAUUCAUUGUGAAUAUCUCCAAGGAAUGUGACAAUAAAAGGAGUAAGGAGUUUAGAAAAGUGUAUGCAAGAGGAAGGUGUGUGGACUUCUCUCUUGAAAUCAUUAAUAGGUUUUUGGGCAGAAAUGAAGAAGAACAAGCUGAAGUGGAAGUUUCUGACAAUGUCAUUUGCAGAGAGAUUACUUCUAAGCAAGUGAAGGAAUGGCCAAGGAAAGGGAACUUGUCAGCAAGUUACUUGAGUGUGAAGUAUGCAGUACUUCACAGAAUUAGAGCUGCUAAUUGGCAUGUUGUCUCCUUUGUUGUGAAGAUGCCAAUAGCCUUUCCCUCAUUGAUCUGUAGUGUUAUACUGAGUCAACACCCAAGUAUUUUGAUCAGUUCUAAUAGUAUCUGCAAAAGAGAACCUCAUAUAUCAUUACAUUAUAUGCUUUUCACUGUGAAAUAUGUUCCAAAUAUUAUCGUGACAUCUGGCCAGAAAUCUUCCAGGCUUACUACUAGAACAUGCAUCCUUGAUGAUCUAAAAGAUGCAUGCCUGACCUUGGAUGAAACUAUAAAAAUUUAUACUGAGAGGAAGAGUAGGCUUGAGAUUUUGAUAAAAUCCUUGUUUGAAGAAGAAGUAAAUUUUAAAGGUGAUGAAGCAGGUGAAGAAGAUGCUAAUGAAGAAGGUACUGAUGCAAGUGAUGAUAAAGAAACUACCAGCAGUGAUGAGGACUGA